AUGUUCCCCCCCCUCAUCACCGGCAACCUCGGCGUCAUCCUCCGCCUCACCCGUCGCCUCCUCCGCCGCCGCAUCUCCAUCACCUCCUACCUCCAACACACCGCCCGCCCCUUCCUCCGCCUCCUCCGCACCACCGUCUACUUCCUCUUCAGCGUCUUCACCCUGUUGCAGAUCAUCGACAUGAACCAGCGCUACCCUCCCGAGUCCGCCAGCCGCAUCACGUGUGUCGAUGUCGACUCGCAGACGCUCAGCCUGCCGCGCUGGCGGGAGAGCGGGGGCGAUAAGCGUGCGGAGAAUGUGGUGACCGUUGUGGGUGAGAGGUGCGAGCUUCGGAUGCGUGCGGUGACGCCGAGGGAUUUUGCGUGGUGGGGGUGUUGA